AAGUGCAUCCUUUGUUUCUGAAUCUUGGUCAUCUUUUGUUGUUUUGUAGCCAAGAGGUGUCGGUGGAGGAUAUUACUUGACAUGCAUGCAACCAAAAUGCAGUGGUUUCGUAUGUGUUAUAUCAUUUGGAUCGAGCGAGAACUUAUAAGAAAAGUCCUCAUUUCCUUUUGAGAGAACUGAAAAAAAAAAAACAAGACCGCAAAUGUUCUUGGAUGAGUAGUUGAAUAGGGAGAGAGGUUUUGCAUUCAAUUCUCAAAUUCCAGCUUCAAGUGCUGCCAUAUUCUGGAAAAUAAGGCGUGGAGAAACGACAACAAUUCUGUCUAGUUGGAACUAAUUGCACAAGAGCGCAGAAGGUGAUCUCUAAGGUUUCAAUGGACAAGCUUCUUAAGCCGUACGAUAAGGAAUACAUGAAGAUGGCCAUGUUACAGCACGAAGAAACGUUCAGAGAGCAGGUGUACGAACUUCAUCGUCUAUAUCGAAUCCAGAAAAUGCUUAUGAAAAACAUUGCGACGAUUGAUUAUCAUCAUGAUAGGCAUCAAAAGCCUCAACAGAUUAAGCUUGACUUGGAACUGCCUGCUGAUCAUGAAGAUGUGGAAUCAGACGGUGAUGGAUUGUUAGAGAUGGAAGAUGAAAGUGACAUCCAGCUAACAUUGGGCCCCACGAGUUACAAUCGAAGGAAUAGGAAAACUGAUGAGACACCAUUAAAUUCAGAUUCUGGGCUCAGUUUUUCUUCUUCAUCAUCUGGAUCCAAUUAUAUAAAGAGGACAAGUUUAGGGACACAUCAAAGGAGAGAGACAAAUACAAUCAGAGAAGAAGAAUCAUUUAGACACAAAUGGGGGAAGGGAAGAAAAAACGGUUCUGAUGUUGAAGAGCAACUUGGACAAGAUAGAGUAAAUCAACAUCCUUGGAUUUUCCAAGUUUUUAGUUUGAAAAUGACUUAGAAAUAUCUUCAGACUGGGUAUGCUGAAUCUUACAACGCCUCUCCAAUGACCUUUAUUGGCGUGUAUUGAAUUUCAUAUUGGGUAUAUAUGUAAGAGCAAUGACGAUAACUCCUUGACUAGCGCUUUUGAGUGAAUAUCUAUGGUUGCACUACUUUCUUUAA